CCUGUUCUCAGUGGCCACCAAAGCCCUCCAGCCUGAAGGAGACUCUUCCUCAGCCCCGGGGUCCUCCCAGCAGCUCAGGGAUCAGUGCCGGCCCCUCCCCUCCUCGCGGACACCGCCUCCUCAUCACGCCCGGGGUGCGCGCAGCCCGGACGCCGAGCGGGUCUCCGGGGAGACCGGGUCGGCGACGCCCCUGGAGAGAAAGGGAUUUGGGGCAGCGGCCCGGGGGAGGUGGAGGUGAGGGGCCGGGGGAGAGCGUGAUGGCACACUCUUUGAAUGAAUGGCUAUGGCAGCACAAGUUCUGGCUCCCCCCAGGAAUUACAUGGGAGGACAUGAAGGAGUCUGAAGACAUCCAUUACCCUAAGCCUCGUGAUCUCCUGCUCAGCAUCCCUUUUGCCUUAAUCCUGGUUGUCAUUCGAUGUGUCUUUGAAAGAGCCAUAGCCCUGCCCAUCAGUGCCAAGCUGGGUGUGAAAGACAAGCUAAGACCUAAAGCUCAGCCCAUCUCCAUUUUGGAAACAUUCUAUACUGUGAAUUGUAAGAACCCUAAAGAGGGUGAGCUGAUCAGUUUAGCCAAACAGUGUGACCUGCCAGUAAGAAAGGUGGAGAGGUGGUUCCGGCGCCGGAGGAACACCGACCGACCAAGCCUGUCGAAGAAGUUCUGCGAGGCCUGCUGGAGGUUUACAUUUUACAUAGUUUCAUUCUUCACUGGGCUAGGUGUACUGUACGAUAAGCCUUGGCUUUGGGACCAUAGAGAGUGCUGGACAGGAUACCCACAACAGCCUCUCCAGCCCUCUCUGUUCUGGUACUACAUGCUGGAGCUCUCCUUCUACUGUUCACUGGUCUUCACCUUGCCCUUUGAUGUGAAGAGAAAGGACUUCAAGGAGCAGAUAGUCCAUCAUGCUGCAACCAUCUUCCUCAUCAGUUUUUCGUACUGUGCCAAUUACAUCCGCAUUGGGACACUGGUGAUGGUGAUUCAUGAUGCUUCCGAUUGCUUCCUAGAGCCAACUAAGAUAUUCAAUUACAUGAAGUGGAAGAAAACUUGUGACAGCCUCUUUAUGAUCUUCUCAGCUGUUUUCCUCAUCAGCCGCCUGGUCAUUUUCCCCUACACAGUGCUCUAUAACACCUACUACUACUCCAUGGAGAUAUUCCAGCCCUUCUUUGGAUACUACUUUGUGAAUGCUCUCCUGAUAACUCUGCAGUUGCUUCACAUCUUCUGGUCCUGCCUCAUUAUUCAUAUGGUCUACAAGUUCAUGCUCCAGGGCACGAUGGAAAAGGACAUGAGAAGUGAAACAGAAGAGAGUGAUGUGGAUGAAGAAAGAGAAAACAUGAUGGAAAAGGAGAAAAAUGGGAUUGCACAUUUCAGCAACGUCACGAACAGAAAUUACAUCCAGAGGAAUGGGUCUGAGCCACUGAACAACAGAGCCCAUCUCACCAAUGGCCAUGUCAAAGAAAGAUAGCUACUGUUCAUGUCUGUCAUGAAUCCAGUCCAUCCUCUAGAAGCAGUUUUGCUUGUUGUAUAGAUAUAAAACAUUGAAAUUGCAGUAUCAUAACUGAAUUCCUUUUUAUUGUAAACAGAAUUGUGUAUAGUCAGUGAUGUCUGAGGGGAGUUUUUGGUCUUUCUGCAACAAAAGCUUUCUAUAGGUUGCAACCUUGAGGCAAAUAGAAAGGGAUCCAAGUGGUUUGGCUUGAAUUAGACGGUA